AUGACGCCGCCCGUGUCACUGACAACACAGACGUCCGUCCUCAACAGGACGCCGCCCCCGCCAUAUGGGGGGGCGUGUCACAUCCGCCAGCCGCACACGUCAGAGAGGGCGUGCCACUUCCGCCCGCCGCGCACGUCAGAGAGGGUGUGCCACCGCCACCCGCCACACACGUCAGAGAGGGUGUGCCACUUCUGCCUGCAGCGCAUGUCAGAGAGGGCGUGCCACUUCCGCCCACCGCGCAUGUCACAGGGGGCAUUUCACCUCUGCCCGCCGCGCACGUCAGAGAGGGCGUGCCACUUCCGCCUGCCGCACACGUCACAGGGGGCGUCGCAUGUCAGAGAGGGCGUGCCACUUCCGCCCGCCGCGCAUGUCACAGGGGGCAUUUCACCUCUGCCCGCCGCGCACGUCAGAGAGGGCGUGCCACUUCCGCCUGCCGCACACGUCACAGGGGGCGUGUCACCUCCGCCCGCCGCGCACAUCACAGGGGGCAUUUCAUCUCCGCCCGCCGCGCACGUCACAGGGGGCGUGUCACUUCCGCCCGCAGUGCACAUCGCGGAGGGCGUGUCACCUCCGCCCGUAGCUCACGUCACAAGGGGUGUGUCACCUCCGCCCGCCGUGCACGUCACAGUGGGUGUGCCACUUCUGCCCGCCGCGCAAGUCAGAGAGGGCGUGUUACUUCUGCCCGCCACACAUAUCACAGAGGGCGCGUCACCUACGCACGUCAUGCGCGCUGCUGAAGGUGCCAAGCCACCGCCCGCCGCUGAGGGUGCACCGCCGCCGCCCGCCGCACGCGCUGCUGAUGGAGCCACGCCGCCCGCCACGCGCUCCUCCUUGGGAACGCCGCCUCCUCCCGCUGAGGGCGCCGCGACGCUGCCGCCGCCCACCUCGGCCGCAGUUGUCGCUGACCCACAGGUACCCGACGCCGCCCCAUGGACAGCCGCCCCGGGUGUACCAGGUCAGUGUGCCGACGUUUCUUGA